AUGGCGGCCCUAGGGUCCGGGGGCUAUGCGCGGACCGAUGCGGUUGAGAAGCUUUCUUCUGUCACAGCGGGAGUUCCAGCGCGGAGGAACCAGUCCUCCCCGCCCCCUGCCCCGCCGCUCUGCCUCCGGCGGCGGACGCGACUCCCGGCGGCGCCCGAGGACACGGCGCACAACAGGGUGUCACUCGAGAAGGUGCUUGGCAUCACAGCCCAGAACAGCAGUGGCCUAACCUGUGACCCUGGCACAGGCCAUGUGGCCUACCUGGCAGGCUGUGUGGUGGUGAUCUUGAACCCCAAGGAGAACAAGCAGCAGCACAUCUUUAAUACCGCCAGGAAGUCUCUGAGUGCUGUGGCCUUCUCCCCUGAUGGGAAGUACAUAGUGACGGGGGAGAAUGGGCACAGACCUGCCGUGCGCAUCUGGGACGUGGAGGAGAAAAGUCAGGUGGCGGAGAUGCUGGGCCACAAGUAUGGUGUGGCCUGCGUGGCCUUCUCACCGAAUAUGAAGCACAUUGUGUCCAUGGGCUACCAGCAUGACAUGGUACUGAACGUCUGGGACUGGAAGAAAGACAUCGUGGUGGCCUCCAACAAGGUAUCAUGCAGAGUCAUCGCCCUCUCCUUUUCAGAGGACAGCAGCUAUUUUGUCACUGUUGGGAACCGGCACGUGAGGUUCUGGUUCUUAGAGGUCUCCACUGAAACAAAGGUGACAGGCACGGUGCCCCUCGUAGGGCGUUCAGGCAUCUUGGGUGAGCUGCACAACAACAUCUUCUGUGGCGUGGCCUGUGGCCGGGGCCAGAUGGCAGGCAGUACCUUCUGCGUGUCCUACUCGGGCCUGCUCUGCCAGUUCAACGAGAAGAGGGUGCUGGAGAAGUGGAUCAACCUGAAGGUCUCCCUGUCUUCCUGCCUCUGUGUCAGCCAGGAGCUCAUCUUCUGUGGCUGCACAGACGGGAUAGUCCGCAUCUUCCAGGCUCACAGCCUGCACUACCUCGCCAACCUGCCCAAGCCGCACUACCUUGGGGUGGACGUGGCACGGGGCCUGGAGCCCAGCUUUCUCUUCCAGAAGAAGGCAGAAGCAGUCUACCCAGAUACAGUGGCACUGACCUUCGACCCCACCCACCAGUGGCUGUCCUGCGUGUAUAAGGACCACAGCAUCUACAUCUGGGAUGUCAAGGACAUCAACCAAGUGGGCAAGAUGUGGUCGGAGCUCUUCCACAGCUCCUACGUCUGGAACGUGGAGGUGUAUCCUGAGUUUGAAGAUCAGAGAGCUUGUUUGCCAUCAGGAUCUUUUCUGACUUGUUCCUCAGACAACACCAUCCGCUUCUGGAACAUGGAUAGCAGCCCUGAUUCUCACUGGCAGAAAAACAUCUUCAGCAACACCCUGCUGAAGGUAGUGUAUGUGGAGAAUGACAUCCAGCACCUGCAGGACACGUCACACUUCCCAGACCGGGGGAGCGAGACUGCGACACCCAUGGACGUGAAAGCCGGGGUUCGAGUCAUGCAGGUCAGUCCUGAUGGCCAGCAUCUGGCUUCAGGCGACCGCAGUGGAAAUCUGAGGAUCCACGAGCUGCACUUCAUGGAUGAGCUGGUCAAGGUGGAGGCCCACGAUGCCGAGGUGCUGUGCCUGGAGUACUCGAAGCCUGAGACAGGGCUGACCUUGCUGGCCUCGGCCAGUCGGGACCGGCUGAUCCACGUGCUGAAUGCGGAGAAGAACUACAACCUGGAGCAGACCCUGGACGACCACUCCUCCUCCAUCACGGCCAUCAAGUUCGCUGGCAACAGAGACAUCCAGAUGAUCAGCUGUGGGGCCGACAAGAGCAUCUACUUCCGCAGUGCCCAGCGGGCCUCGGAUGGACUACACUUUGUCCGUACCCACCACGUAGCAGAGAAAACCACCUUGUAUGACAUGGACAUUGACAUCACCCAGAAGUACGUGGCCGUGGCCUGCCAGGACCGCAACGUGAGAGUCUACAACACCGUGAACGGGAAGCAGAAGAAGUGCUACAAGGGCUCCCAGGGUGACGAAGGGUCCCUGCUGAAGGUCCACGUGGACCCCUCAGGCACCUUCCUGGCCACAAGCUGCUCUGACAAGAGCAUCUCAGUGAUUGACUUUUACUCGGGCGAGUGCAUCGCCAAGAUGUUUGGCCAUUCAGAAAUCAUCACCGGCAUGAAAUUCACCUAUGACUGUCGUCACUUGAUCACAGUAUCUGGAGACAGCUGCGUGUUCAUCUGGCAGCUGGGCCCCGAGAUCACCAACUGCAUGAAGCAGCACUUGCUGGAGAUCGACCAGCGCGAGCAGCAGCAGCAGCAGCAGCACAUGAAGGACAGGAAGUGGAGCGGCCACCCCAGACAGGAGACAUAUGCAUCCCUGCCCUGUGAGAUUCACUCCCCGAGCCCUGGAGAGCAGACAGAGGACGAGCUGGAGGAAGAGUGUGAACCGGAAGAGCUGCUGAAGACGCCUUUCAGAGACAGCCUGGAUCCAGAUCCCCGGUGCCUGCUGACCAACGGCAAGCUACCGCUCUGGGCAAAGCGGCUGCUAGGAGACGAGGACGCGGCAGAUGGCUCGGCCUUCCGUGGCAAGCGCAGCUACCAGCCACACGGCCGCUGGGCGGAGCGGGCUGGCCAGGAGCCCCUCAAGACCAUCCUGGAUGCCCGGGACCUGGAUUGCUACCUUACCCCCAUGAAGCCAGGGAGUCUGGAGGACUCCGUUCUGGACACAGUGGAGCCGCAGAACCUGGAAGGCCUGCUGAGCGAGUCGGAGAGUCCCCAGGAGGGUGGCUGCAGGCAUCCCUCCUUCCUGCCCCAGCAGAGGGAGUCACCUGAGGCCCGUGAGCUCCUCAUCUACUCCCUGGAGGCAGAAGUAACAGUCACGGGGACAGACAGCGAGUCCUGCGAAAAGGACAUGGAGGAAGGGCUUGGAGACCAGCACAGCGACCCCUACCUCAGGGUCUCCUCCGUCAGCUCGAAGGAUCAGAGCCCACCCGAGGACUCAGGGGAGUCCGACGCCGACUUGGAGUGCAGCUCUGCCACCGUGCACUCCUCCCCUCCACGGCCUGACCCAGGCUGGCGGGCUGCCCUGGUGACGCCCCCCACACCAGGACGCCCAGGUGCCACAGAAGAAGAGCUGUCCCAGCCCGAGGCGCCAGGCACGCGCAGCAGCUCCCUGCCCCAGACCCCUGAGCAGGAGAAGUUCCUCCGCCACCACUUUGAGACGCUUACUGACAGCCACCCGGAAGAGCUCUUCCAUGGCUCCCUGAGAGACGUGAAGGUCUCCGAGGCCGAAGACUACUUCAAUCCCCGGCUGAGCAUCUCAGCCCAGUUCCUCUCAAGCCUCCGGAAGACAUCCCGGUUCCCCCACACCUUCCCCGCCCAGCUGCCCCAGCACCUCGCGACGUCUCCAGAGGUCAAGCCCACAGCCCGAAGGGGAAGCCAGCCCCGAGCAGAGACCCUGAGAGCAGGUACUGGGGCCACCUCCCUCGGGGCUCAGGGCCGGGCUGAGGAGACCCUGGCAGCCUGGCGCCCACUGACUCCCUGCCUUGCAGAACUGGCGCCCUGUGUCCCUUCCUCGUCAGUGCCGCCCACAGACAGGAAGCCUCCGACGCCCACGUCGGCACCCAGCCCGGGCCUGGCUCAGCGUAUCCACGUCCCCUCCACCUGUUCCCACAUGGAGGCCACUGCCAGCUCCCGUGCCAAGAUAUCACGCAGCAUCUCCCUCGGGGACAGUCAGGGCCCUGUCACGGCUGAGCUGGCCAGGCCCCUCCGAAGGCCAUCGUCCAUGGGGGAGCUGGCCUCCCUGGGCCAGGAGCUCCAGGCCAUCACCACCACAGCGACACCCAGUUCGGGCAGUGAGGGCCAAGAGCCUGCUGUGCACUCCUGGGGCAACCACGAUGCCCGCGCCAGCCUGAGACUGACCCUGUCAAGUGUCUGUGACAGGCUGCUGUUACCCCAAGUCCCCCCGGAGCCACCCACCACGUGUGUCUGGUCCCAGGAACCUGUGGACUCUCAGCCUGGUGUCACAGUCACGACAGCCAGCUUCCGAGCCCCCAGCCCUGUGGACGUGAGCACCCCGAGGCUCCACAGCUCCGCCUUUCUCCCCAGGCUCCCGGCCUACGAGCCCCUCGACCCUCCUGCCCGCCCCAACAGCCCCCAGCUUCCAGAGGCCAGGCCUGGGGUCCCUGGUAGCACCGUCUCCCUCCUGGAGCACGCCCCUGAUGCGUCGAGUCUGCGCUGGGGCAGCCCUGGGCGCUGGGGCGAGCCCCGGGUGCCCGCUGAGGUCCUGCCCCCAGCUCCCCUUGAGCCGAGCAGCGCAGGGAGCAUCUCGCACAGGCUGCAGACCGCCUUCCAAGAAGCCCUUGACCUGUACCAUGUGUUGGUCUCCAGUGACCAGGUGGACGCUGAGCAGCAGCGGGCGCAGACUGAGCUGGCCUCCACCUUCCAUUGGAUCCACGGCCAGCUGGAGGCCAGCGACUGGCUGGUCAGGACUGACGUGUCCCCAGCCCAGGGCCGGCCCAGCCCCGGGCCCCCCUCCCCACCUGCACUGUGCCCCCUGGCCAGCCCAGACCUGCACGCCCUGCUGGAACACUACUCGGAGCUGCUGGUGCAAGCCGUGCGGAGGAAGGCGCGGGGGGACUGA